UUUUAAACUACUGUUAUUUUAUUUUUUUUUUUUUUUUUUUUUUAAUUGUUAAAUUGAGUUAAAUAAAAGCUUCAAGAGUGAUACUAUUAUUGUUAUUAUAAUCGACUUCCUGGUUUGUUCGCGCACUUGUUUGCUUGUUUUUAAUCGCAACUGACGUCAUCUUCAGUGUUUGGACCUUGAAAUUUUUGGCUCGUGGAAUUACGCAUCGGGGACUUACGGUUGGCAUUGAAUUAUCACAGAUAAAAUCAGCUGAUAAAAACAAUGGGAUCAACAGAGCAACAUUACUGUUUGCGAUGGAACAACCACAAGUCAAACAUGAUGACAGUUUUCCAAGAGCUGUACUACGACGGUACCUUGACCGACGUAACAAUCGGUCUAUCAGAUGGCUUGUUGGUGGAAUGUCACAAGCUGGUGUUAGCAGCUUGUUCUCCAUACUUCAGAAAAAUUCUCCAAAACAUAAACCGACCUCGAGCAUUAAUCCUGGUCAACGUAAAGUACUACCAAAUGAAAGCGCUGCUGCGAUUUAUGUACCACGGAGAAGUGACGAUUUCUUCAGAAGAAAUGCCGGAGUUGCUGCAAAUAGCGAAUUACCUAAAAAUAAAAGGUUUGGUGGAGGGAGCAGACAUACCUGACUCAUCUUUAAGAUCAUCAUCGCCUAUCGAGCAGACACAGCACCCCCUGGAGCACUCGCAGUCGGAGGAACAUCACCAGCAACGUCGGUCCCGGCGUGACCGACACGCUAGUCCGUCUCCUCCGCCGAUCAGCAGCAGCCACCCGAACUACCUGGCCAGCAUGGACCGGAGUGGAAGCGUUGACCACAUGUCGCCGCCACACUCCACCAGCUCGCCCUACUACGUCCACCACAAGACCUCACCUGGGCGCAGCUACGAUGAACGGUUUCCUGGAGUCCCUGCCUGGAAUCUUCCCUUCGGGCCACACUUUGCUGCAUCCCUCAAUGGCUCCUCCGUCUCUGCUCACCACUCUCAGCUCUUCCCUGCUCCUUAUGACGACAUGGCCAUUUGCAAGAGCAAAAUGCAGAACCUCAACAUGGGCCGUGAUACUCCGAUCCUCAGAACUGUUCUUGGGCAAGGCAAUGCUGAUAGUUCUCAAGCUGCCUCGCUUCUUCAUCCAGAUAAUCAGGAGUACAGGAGUCCUAGCAGUCGCUCUGCUGGUGAUAAUACAGAUAACAAGCGCAAUGGUGGCGGUGGGUCACAAAAUACCAGUCCUUAUGAUCCUGCUGCUCGUGAUACUGACAAAAAAACGAGAGUUCGUGCAAAUGGUGACUCACACCGUGAAUGGAAGCGCUACAAGCAGUACACAAAGGAGCACAUAAAUUCAGCGAUCCAAGCAGUAAGAGACGGUAUGAGUGCUUUGCAAGCAGCAAGAAGAUUUGGCGUUCCCUCACGAACGCUCUACGACAAAGUAAAGAAGAUGGGAAUCGCUAAUUCCCGAUCGAUGCGCCGCAGCAGCAGCAGCAACAACAACAGCGGAGCCAGUUUUCCAUACGGAAUCGGCUGCAAUAAAAACGGUCGGAUUUACGCGUCGCAUUCUGAAAAUGAUUACGAGAACAACUCAGGUGUCUCCGAGACCCCAGACGUAGUGAUUGAAGCUUCCUACGAAAAGAGCCGAGAAAAUUCCGUCGACCGGGAGUCAACGAUGGAGCUGUCCCGAGUGACCCCGAGUCCCAGCCCGAAUCAGUCAGUCCACAGUGCUCGUCUUCCAGAGGCCGAUGAAGAUCAGGACCAGGUCGAAGAUCUCUCGAUGAGCAGUAAAAAGUCUGAUAUACGAGUAAUAGUAUCUCCCGUCAUCAAAGAAGAAAAAAUUGAUCCAGAUAAUUUUAACAAAUGAUUGUAACUAGUUUUUUUAUAAGAGAAGACUAUCAACGCGGUUUAUUAUUAAAGAAGACUAUCAACGCGGUUUAUUAUUAGAGAAGAAAACCUUGAAAUUAUUUUAUCAUCAUCAAAACCAUGAUAAGACUGAGACCGCGUGCAUACUUGUAAUUUUAGAGACUGAGAAAUAUCUAUCGCUGUUUUUUUUUUACUGUAAAGAUUUUUUUUUUUUGACAAUUUUUCUUUGAAAAAAAAGAAGC